AUGCAGCCAGCCACAGCCAGAGGGAGCCGACUGCGCUCUCGCCCCUUCGUCGCCACGGUUCUUCUUCUGAGUGUGCUGACGGCAUACUCGCUUCUGCUCCAGGCCCAUCGCCAUGGAAGCCCCGAGCUGCGACAGCAUCACCGGCCGGCUCUUUUCCGACGGGCCAAGGAACCCGCCUGCAGCGAGGUACACUCUGCCACGGAUCAGUGCGCUUUCGUCAAGAAGUAUUGCGUGGAUGAGGAUGCUGGCCUAUUGCCAUACCUCGAGUGGUACUUCUGUACCUUUCGCGGCGUCAAACCCAUCGCCUUCUCGCUACUCGUCAUCUGGCUCGGGUUACUCUUCACCACGAUUGGCAUUGCCGCCAGCGACUUCUUCAGCAUCAAUUUGAGCACCAUUGCUGCCAUUCUUGGGCUCAGCGAAAGUCUCGCCGGUGUGACUUUUCUUGCCUUUGGCAAUGGCUCUCCCGACGUGUUCAGCACUUUUGCCGCCAUGAGCUCCAACAGCCCUAGCAUGGCCCUUGGUGAGCUCAUCGGCGCUGCCUGUUUUAUUACUGGUGUCGUUGCUGGUUCCAUGGCCCUCGUGCGCGAAUUCCGUGUGGACAGAAGGACCUAUGCCAGAGAUAUCUGCUUCUUCAUCGUCGCAGUCGCAUUCGCAAUGGCCUUUCUCGCCGAUGGUCAGUUACGUUUCUGGGAAUGUUGGGCCAUGGUGGGUUACUACGCCGUGUACGUCGUGACCGUGGUGAGUUGGCAUUGGUACUCGACGACGAGGAAGCGGCGGCUGCGCCGUGAAGGCGAGGCGCGCAGCCAUUACUACAGCGUAGUGGGCCGCGCUGGCGAUGAACUUUUCGGAGAGCCAUACCGCGAUGAACCGGAAAACCCCCAGGACGACGUUGGGGAUGACUCCCGCAGCGGCUCGGUGAGGGCUGACAUUUCGGCCCCGGAGCGAAGUCCAAGGGGCGACAUGGACCACCGACAUCAGGACAGCGACGUGGAAGGGCCCAUUGACGACGGCAGCGACGAGGAUCAUGAGAGAAUGGUGGCCGCCGAAGUGUCAAGGAGCAUGCGGGUCUUGCGAACAGGAAGGACCAAGUCAAUCAACUUGACCCCGAUCCGUCCAAGUUUGGUUGGCGCCUUGGAAUUCCGAUCCGCCCUGGCCCAACUACAGCGAGAGAGUAAUCUGCAGCUCUCAGACAUCCCCGGACGGAGCUACUCGGAUCACCCGGCAGGCCGAGAGAGGAGGGGCACCACCAGUGUGGUGCCGGAUUCGGGGCUUUGGGAAACGUUGUCGACUCCUGGCGCUUCCCAUCGUGGGCGAGCUUUCUCAUAUGUUGGGACAGCACCGCUGUCCGCUCCCGUUCCUAUUUCAGAAGUUGAGGAGGAGACUUCCAGCGAAUCGAGCACGACGAAUUUGAGUCCAGGACAUGCUACUCCAGCCCGCGGUGCAGCAACCCCUUCUGUGGCAUAUGUCGUUGGUGGUAACCUGGCACCACCCCCUCUUGGACCUACUGGCUCUAUCGAAACCAGAGGAGCAGGCUCAGGCGCCCACGAGCAUAGCAAACAACCUAGUGGCCUGCGUUUGAUCAUACCUGGGGGACGCAGCAACCACAGCGAAGGAUCGUCGCCAUCCUCUCCUUUUCCGCGCUUUACUGAUUCGCCCUCAGCCAUCACACCUGGCCAACCCCCAGAGAGGACAGAAGGCACGAUGCCGCCAUCUACGGUACCGCACCGAGAGAGUUACUUUCCGGACAUGUCAGGGUCUAUGACAGCACGUCGACGGCCGAUACGAUGGUGGCCAUAUGCGCUUCUGCCGCCACCCGACGUUGUUCUCGCCACCCUGUUUCCGACUUUGCAGGCAUGGGGUGAGAAGUCCAUCUGGGACAAGUUUUUGAGCAUCAUAUCGGUACCAAGCAUCUUUUUACUGGUAAUUACAUUGCCGGUCGUGGAGUCUGAGGCAAACGAAAGCUCACUGGAUGACCUCAGCAUCAUGGACAGUUCUGGUAGACGGGAACUGCGCCACGAGACGCAAUCGGUUGCGGUUGCUGUCGAACCGCAGCUCAUGGAACCGGAAGGCGAAUGGGAGCGGUACAGAAGGCGCUCGCUGAGCCGCAGCCGUAGAAACAGCGCCACAACUGCUGAUGCUCGCUCACCGCCGUUGGUUAUCACCCUGGAAAACGCGGAUGGCGAGGUUUCCUCAGAAGGCGGAGCAAGGAAUGGGCGGAAGGUCGCGAAGCCACUGUCCGACAUGCCGUCUGUUUGCAACGAGAAUGGCGAACUCUCGACGUGGAACCGGUGGCUCGUGUGUGUGCAACUUUUUACCGGGCCGCUUUUUGCCGUGAUCAUGCUGUGGGCGAAUAUGGCGGAAGACUGGUCCAACCCCGGGCGAGUACUCGUGAAGAUGAUUUUGUAUACUCUGCUCGGGUCACUCAUUCUCCUGGCGCUUCUAUUUCUGUUCACGUCGGACGAUAAACGGCCGAAGUAUCACUUCCUGCUCUGUUUCCUCGGGUUCAUCAUUAGCAUUGCAUGGAUUUCGACGAUUGCCGGGGAGGUGGUUGGAGUUUUGAAGACAUUUGGCGUCGCGUUGAACAUCUCGGAGGCGUUGCUUGGGCUGACCAUUUUCGCGGCUGGCAACAGUGUGGGUGAUUUGGUCGCUGAUAUAACGGUAGCGCGACUGGGCUACCCGGUCAUGGCAUUGUCGGCAUGUUUCGGAGGGCCCAUGCUGAACAUAUUGCUCGGCAUCGGCAUCGGCGGUGUCCUCAUGAUGGUCCAAAACGCCAACAAGAAACAUGCCAAGCAUCCAGACCGACCCAUCCGGUACGGACCCUACAGUGUGAAGGUCGGACCGACGCUCAUGAUCUCGGCCGUCACACUUCUCAUAAUACUGGCGCUGCUGUUGAUCAUCGUGCCGUUGAAUAAAUGGAUCUUGAGCCGCAAGAUUGGAUUUGGACUGAUUGGACUUUGGACGCUGAGCACAAUUGCCAACGUCGUGGUGGAAGUGACGGGGGUGUGGCAGGAGUCAUGA